AUGAAAUAUUCCGAUAGUGGAUUGGAAAAAAUAGACGAAAACACAACCAAAGAUAUAUUUUUCAAUCCCGAUAAUCAUGAGAAUUUUUGCGAUCCCGUUUGGCAAAUAAAAAAAAUGUUAAAUAAGCUGGAUAAUGAGCCUGGACAAGAAGAAAAAAAAGAUGAAAACGACAAUUCAGUCAAGCACGUUGUGAACAACACGUUCAUCCGUAAGGUUUACAGUUUCGAAAUAAAAAGCAGCUAUGUAGGUGCCAUCCAGGAAGCGGCACUGCACGAACUGAACCGACCGCUGCUGACAGAAUACGACUACAAUAAUGAUUUCCAAAACCCCACAUUAGACAUUAAGCUAAAACAAACCACGAGAGUGAGGUACUACCAGCAACGCGCUCUCUCAAAAAUGUUUCAGAGUGGUUGCGCUCGCAGUGGGAUUAUUGUGCUUCCGUGCGGUGCCGGAAAGACUUUGACAGGUAUUGCAGCGUGUGUUGAAAUUAAAAAAUCGACGUUGAUUUUAACGUCAAACAGUGUAGCUGUUCAGCAGUGGAAGGACAAUUUUAUAAAUUUUACAACAGUUGACCUCGACAAGAUCGUACUUCUCACAUCUGACAUCAAGUCGAAGCUGCCAGAGUCAGCUUGUGUCGUGUGCACGACGUACACCAUGAUCAGUUUCAGCGGCAAACGUAGUAUCGCCGCGGAAGAGAUUAUGGACCAAAUUCGUAAAAGGGAUUGGGGCUUACUGAUAUUUGACGAAGUGCAGUUCGCGCCCGCGCCUGCAUUUCGCCGAGUUACCAAACUGUGUCGUAGUCACUGCAAACUAGGGUUGACUGCGACGCUAGUGCGUGAAGACAACUUGAUUGACGAUCUGCAGUGGAUGAUCGGGCCUAAGUUGGACGAGGCUAACUGGCAAGAGUUGCAGAAGAACCAGUACUUGGCACGUGCGAAAUGCUCUGAAAUUUGGUGUCCCAUGACGUUUGAAUUUUACAGAGCUUUUAUCGUGCUUAAAAAGAACGCUGGCAUGUAUUCAAAUCAGAAAAAGUCGUCCAACGACGUCAGACGCAAGUUAUGGACGUGCAACCCAAACAAACUCUGCGUCUGCGAAUAUUUAAUUAAGUUUCACGAGCAACGAGGGGAUAAAAUCAUUGUGUUUAGCGACUAUUUGAUGGCGCUGAAAGAAGUGGCGAUCACUUUGAACCGCCCAUUCUUGAGUGGAGAUGUCAUGUACAACGAAAGAAUAAUGAUUAUAGAAAAAUUCAAAAACGAUCCGAAAAUCAAUACAAUUUUUUUGUCUAAAGUAGGAGAUAACGCCAUUGACAUACCCUCGGCUAACGUAGUCAUUCAAAUCGCAUUUAAUUAUGCGUCCAGAAGACAGGAGACGCAGCGUUUGGGCCGAAUUUUGCGUCCUAAAAAAAACACCUUAAACUCUGAAAGUUAUAAUGCUUUCUUCUACAGUCUCGCUUCGCAAGACACGCCAGAAAUUAUGUAUGCAGAUAAACGUCAGCAGUACAUUAUUGACCAGGGUUAUGCUUACGAAGUGAUCAAGAUGGACGAUUUACCACUCGACUCGUUUGACCUGAUUUUUAAAAAUCCAAACAAACAGCGAGAAAUCUUGGAAAACAUUUUAAUGAACCAAAACGACAAAACUGACGCCGAAAGCAAAGAAGAGUCAGAAUAG